CGAUUGUAUUCAACACGUGGAAGAGAACGGAAAUUCAAUCAGGGAACAUGGAGAGUCAAGAGGAUGUAAGAUCCGGUGUACCUGACCCGAUGACGUAUUGGCGCCAGAGACUAGACGAAUGGUACCCUGACCGUUAUUCUCAGGUGUAUGUUCUGCCACCUGUGCACUUCCGCAAAGUUCCAUACUCGUUAACGACUGUGUGCGAUCAGCCAGCUCUCCUUGUGCAACCUCAGGGUCAGGAACAAAUCCAGUUACCCUCUGCAGAGGUUCCUUCAGCGCCGAUUUCUUCGUCAAACGACUCCAUCGCCGACGCCACUACCACGCCAGGGUCGAGCCGCAUGUGGUCCGAGCUUCCGGAAGUGCAGUCUCAGCUCAAGAAAGUCCAGGCAUCCGACAUCGUGGACGACGAAUGUCAGCAGCGUGUUCUGUACUGCCUGCAGCAAUUUGGGAAGCAGCAAAGUGAAGCCAUGUUCCUCCUCUCGCAGCUCAACUUCUCGGACUACCUCAACGAACCGUCCUACGCGGCGACGGCGAAGCAGAUGCCUCAGCUGCGCUACCCGCGGCCCAUCACCCUGGGUAGACAGUAUAAGAAAGGUGAGUUCGACAUCCUACUCAUUCACCGCCACUACGGGAUACUGGUGGGAGAGGUUAAGUCCGUCGGUCAUGACCCAGCGUACAGGUCAGACGACCACGUGAGUAAGAAGGCUGAGCAGGCAGUCCAACAGAUGGUGAGGUCUGCGAGUGUCCUUAAGCACCUGGUGAAGGAUCUGACUACAGUGUGUGAGAUACCUGUCCGCACAACGCUCAUUCUGCCUUUUAUCCAAAGGAGUCAGCUGCACCAGGUGUUACAAAGUUACCCCAAGCUGGGGAAGGUACGUGCAACCAAACUAGACCUUUCUAAGAGUCUAGGUCUCAGUGUGCCUGACGACUCUCGUGCAGUUAGUCUCUGUCUUUGCGCAGAUGAGUUACAGGACAGUAGCCCGGGCACCUGGGAACCAUCUAGACUGGAGAGGUGGUGGAGAGCCAGAAUGGAGCAGACUGCUGGAGAGAAUAUAAGUGAUUCAACGUACGAUGACAUCCUGGCCAGGCAAGCUUGA